AUGGCGUUUCCUCCCAACCCGAUCAUUGUUGUUGGCGGCGGCCUCGCAGGCCUUUCCGCGGCACACGAAGCGUAUCUCCGAGGCGCCAAUGUCGUUCUUUUGGACAAGCAAGGCUUUCUUUCCGGAAACAGCGGCAAAGCCACGUCUGGCAUCAACGGAGCACUUACACGGACACAGGUGCAGUUGCAAAUCCCUGACUCCGUAGAGAAAUUCUACGCAGACACUUUGGCAACCGCCAAAGACCGCGCCAACCCGGCGCUUAUCAAGGUGCUCACCUACCACUCGGCAGACGCGGUGCACUGGCUCCAGGAGCAGUUUGGGCUCGACCUCAGCGUGGUGUCGCGGCUUGGCGGCCACUCGCAGCCCCGCACACACCGCGGCAAAGACGCCAAGUUCCCCGGAAUGGCCAUCACCUACCGCUUGCUUGAAACGUUGGAGACAUUGGCCGAGAACGAGCCUGGCCGCAUUGCCAUCUUGAAAAACACCCAGGUGGUUGAUUUGGAGGUCGACGAGAACGACCACUCCUGUGUCCUUGGCGUCAAGUACAAGAAUCUCCACACGAAAGAGCGCGGGACAGUGCAUGGCCCGGUGAUUUUGGCCACGGGCGGAUAUGCGGCAGACUUCACGAAAAACCUGUUGCUCCGCCGCUACCGGCCAGACAUCAUCGAUCUCCCUUCGACAAACGGCUCCCACGCCACGGGCGACGGCCAGAAAAUCGUCAUGAAGAAUGCUGGAGUGGCCAUAGACAUGGAUAAAGUACAAGUGCACCCAACUGGGCUCAUUGACUACGAGGACACUGACGUCAUUGCCGGGAGAAAAAAGCCCCGUUUCUUGUUCCUUGGGGCUGAAGCGCUCCGUGGCGAAGGUGGCGUCAUGCUCAAUUCCAAGGGCCAGCGGUUCUGCGACGAAUUGGGCACACGCGAUUACGUCUCUGGCGAAAUGCAGAAGCAGGAAGCCCAGGGCCUCGCCCCGUUGCGACUCGUGCUCAGCUCGGCUGCUGAAGAGCGCUUGCGUUUCCAUGUUUCCCACUACAAACAGCGCAAGUUGAUGCGUACCGUUUCGGGCCAAGAGUUGGCCCAAGAGAUAGGCGUGCCGCUUGAGGAGCUCCAGAAAACGUUUGCUGAGUACAAUGAGGCAGCGAAGUCCGGCAAUGACCCAUUCGGUAAGCGGUUUUUCCCAGCCACGCCAUUUGUCAUGGACCCGGACGCAAAGUACCAUGUGGCAUACGUGACACGCGUGCUCCACUUCACCAUGGGCGGCGUCAAGAUCAACGACCGCUCAGAGGUGAUCUUCGCUGGCGGAGAAACGGAGAAACCGUUCCAUGGUCUUUAUGCUGCGGGAGAAGUGGCUGGCGGAGUACAUGGCCACAAUAGAUUAGGGGGCUCGUCUCUUUUGGCAUGUGUGGUGUACGGCCGGUUGGCAGCAGACCAGGCGGCCAGCUUUUUGUUGAAAAACUUGGCUGUGCAGCGUUUGCGCCAGAUCAAUCUCCACAUUGACCCGCAAUCGAGAAAGGUGAUUAUUGAUAUGGGUGACAACGAAGCCACUGGAGGUUCAGCGAGUGUACCUGAAGCCCCAAGGCUGGAAAAGAAGUCAGAAAAGCCAGAGCAAAAGGAAACCUUCAGUAUUCCGGAGAAAGAGUUCACCGCAGAAGAAGUGGCCAAACACAACUCCGAGUCUGAUUGCUGGGUCAUCGUCAAGAACGUUGUUUUGGACUUGACUAAGUUUUUGGACAACCAUCCGGGCGGAAAAGAAUCCAUCGUGAAGUUUGCCGGUCAAGACGCCACUUCUAGUUUCGCCAUGUUGCACGAGGACAAUGUAAUUCCACGUUAUGCGGCGGAGUGCGUUCUUGGAAGAUUGAAAGGGGCGACUCCCACCCUUGAACUUAAAUAG